CUAGUGUUGUAUACGGGUAUACCCCAGCUGAAACCCCAGCCAACCUUCGCUCUUGAUCGCUUUUACAACUGCCGAAAUCAAUUUCUAUAUCUACGCACAUACAAGCCUUUUUCUCUUUCUAAAUCAUGCCGUGGAUUUGGGGAAGAGAUCAUGGACUCUAGAUCGGCGUCUGAAGUUGCGCAUCCCUCACCGGCCGGAAGCACUACUAGUAUUCCGAAGGGCAAAUUACUUCUUCCCGCCAGUUGUGAACCUCCGUUGCCGAAUGCACCUAGGAAGCAGCUUGUAUGGAUUGUCUUUGGCGGUACUGGCCAUAUGGGUCGCUCCCUCGUUAAAUGCGCACUAGCCCGGGGCGACCUCGUCACGGAUGUCGGCCGCACUUUCGAAAGUACCCCUGAGGAUAUGUUAGCAGCAGGCCAGCACGAGAAUUGCCUCGGUCUACUCUGCGACGUACGCGCGCGACAAAGUGUUGCUCAAGUUGUCGAGCGCACUCUCGAUCGUUUCGGUCGUAUCGACGUUGUCGCAAAUUGUUCUGGUUACGGUGUCAUAGGCGCCUGUGAAGAUCAGGAUGAGCAUGAAGUGCGCAAUCAGUUCGAAACGAAUUUCAUGGGCACUCUGCAUAUUAUUCAAGCCACAUUGCCGUAUUUUCGCCAGCAGAGCGGAGGACGGUAUCUUAUCUUUAGUUCGACGAGUGGCGCUCUUGGUGUACCGGGUUUGGGACCGUAUUGCGCGACGAAAUAUGCUGUCGAGGGUCUGAUUGAAGCCAUGUUAUAUGAAAUCGAUUCGUUUGGUGUAAAGGCGACAUUGGUGGAACCUGGACUUGUUAGACGCGAUGAGCCAGAUGCUCAGGCCAACCCAUUGCCUACGUGGGGACAUUUUCUUAUUAAACCGGCGAGUGAGGCAUACGGACAUGCGACAUCGCCUGCGUUACAUGCGAAACGAAUGGUGCAAUGGCUUGGUGAUAGGCAACCGACGAGCGCGGUCAAGUGCGCGGAAUUAGUAUGGCAGUUAGCACAUUGCUCCUAUCCGCCGCUACGCCUGGUGCUUGGAAGUUAUGCCAUUGAGAGUAUUCGUGAUCGUUUACGAUCUGUUACAGAGGAGCUGGAGGAUUGGAAACAUCUAAAUUACCCCGCAGCACCUGAAGAGGGCGGCGCUGCUGGUGCUGGUACCUCGUCGACAGCUGGAACGGGGACUGGAGCUGGAGCAGCGGCGGAUAGUAAAAAUGAUAAAGAUGAAGAGAUGAUUGAUUCUCCGGUUGAGGUUAUGGAUCAUGGUACUUAGGUUAUUUACCUUGGAGAUUUACGCCAUUUGGCCCAGAUAUAAUAGGAUAGGUUUUGGGAAACGCCUAUCUGUCGAUCUACCUGUUUGGUAUCUAGGUACUGAAUUAGAGAUGUGUUACCGAUCUUCACUGCAAGGAAUCAAUUUUACGAGGCCUAAACCCCUAUCUAGAAACAUUCAAGACAGCCAUUCAAAGUCACGAUCUGGAUUGAAUUUGAUAUAAAGUAGCGAUAUACAAAAGUCGGGAUUUUAAUGGAACAAUCCAAAGAUUCUGAUAGGCUAAUAUGACUUUAAGUAUUUAUUGGAAUUUCUAAUUAUACCCAUGCCAA